AUGAGCACGACUUACUCUCUCGGUGGCGCCACCGGCGCCCUGGCCAUUGUGGGAGCUUACAUGCUCUUCACUGGCAGCGGCGAAGCCUUCAAUGUCGGCGCCUUCCUCGAAUCCGUGUCCCCAACAGCCUGGGCAAGCUUGGGCAUCUCGCUGUGCAUCGGCCUGUCGGUAGUCGGAGCAGCAUGGGGCAUCUUCAUUACUGGAUCCUCGAUCGUCGGUGGCGGUGUUCGCGCCCCCCGUAUCCGAACCAAGAACCUGAUCUCCAUCAUCUUCUGCGAGGUCGUCGCCAUCUACGGCGUCAUCAUGUCCAUCGUCUUCUCGGCCAAGCUGAACGGCAUCCAGGGCGAGGAGCUGUACGAUGCCAAGACAUAUUACACCGGCUUCGCUCUGUUCUGGUCAGGUCUGACCGUGGGCGUCUGCAAUCUGGUCUGUGGUGUUGCGGUGGGCAUCAACGGCAGCGGUGCUGCUCUGGCUGACGCUGCGGACCCUACGCUCUUCGUGAAGAUCCUGGUCAUCGAGAUCUUCAGCUCGGUUCUGGGCCUCUUCGGUCUCAUCAUCGGCCUGCUUGUCUCCAGCAAGGCAACAGACUUCGGCGAGGUGUAA